AGUGUUACUGUCGGUAAAAAGUGAUAUGCCCGUUCUGAUUAUAGACGGGUCUGGCAAAGCGGCAGACUUCAUAUCUAAAGGAUAUAGAUUGAGUGAAAACAAAACUAGUGACGAAAGCAGCAUUUUUACUGAAACAUUCACCUCAGAAAUAUUGCCAUUAGCUAAAAGAAUUACAACAGAUACGGACAUUGAUCCAAUCAAGCUCGUUGAACAACUGAAGGAGUGUUUGCAGAAAAGAAAAAUGAUCAACGUCUUUUCCUUAGACGAUAACAAUGAAACAUUGGACAGGAUGAUUCAAAAUAUAUUUUUCAUGAUUAGAAAUGAAGAUAAUAAGAUGGAUACGGAAAAGAAAAUUAAAUUGGUUAAUCGAUGGAAUAGACCUGAUAUAGCUGAAAAAGAGAUUUUUAACAUGGAAAAGAGACAGGAUAUUGAGAAAAUACGGGAUUCAUUAAAAAAUAAAGACAGUGCAGUAUCUAAUCUGUUCAGAAAAUCUCUUGUUGACAACAGAAAAGAUUUUGUGACCCUUGUGCUCAAAUAUAUCCUAGAGACGAAAUGUUAUCAACAAUUUGUCACAGAAAACCUCUCAUCGCUUUAUAGUGAGUGUAUGGAUCCAGGUGGUAGCUGUCGUGCUGGGCAAUUAUUGGAAGAAUAUAUACAGUCAUCAAAGCAAAGGAUUUGGAAAAGAGGUGAAAACAAAAUCAAUACAAGCGACUCACAAAAUCUAGACAUAAUCAAUAAAGCUGUUAUGCAUCUUCUUGGCAAUAACAAAUUGCAGGCUAUCGCAAAGGAAGAACACAGACCAUUUACAAGUAAAGAUCCUUUCAAGGAACUAUUCAUUUGGGCAGUGCUUAUGAAUCGUAAGGAGAUGGCCAAGCUAUUUUGGAAGAAGGACAGGGAUUUUAUUUGCGCUGCACUGUAUGCAAGUUCAUUGGCUAAAAAACUUGAAAAGACUGCUAGUUCAGAAGGAUAUAUGGAACUUACAAAAUAUUUCGCAGAUGAUUCCAGAUAUUAUGAGCAACUUGCCUACGAUGUGAUGACAGAACUUUAUAUCAAAGAUAAACACAAAGCCAGACAACUUUUAGUUCAGAAAGUUCAGAGAUAUGGAAAUACAACACUUUUCGAACUGUCCCAACAUAAUCACCUAAUGAAGUUUGUUGAACACACUGCAUGUCAAACUAAAUUGGAUAUCAUUUGGAAGGGGAAUAUUCUACCUUAUACUUCCCACGCCAAGAUUAUUGUUGCUGCUUUUGUACCAUUCAUGAUACAAAGCAUAAUGAUUCAAGAUGAAAAAGACAAAAAUGGAGAAUAUCCACCCCAAAGAGCAAACAGCCGAUAUACUUCACAUGAGCAGAGAGACUUUCCAAAUGUUAAUUCAAAAUGGUCAUCAAAAUCUGGAAUUGAGUCUAAUAAAAUGCAAAAUCAAUCAAGCUUAGCAGAACAAUGGAAUGAAAUUGAGUUUCAUCAAAGAAUAAAAAAUGUUUAUUACUUUUACAACUCACCUGUUACAAAAUUUAUUUUUAGUUUGCUGGCAUAUAAUGCAUUCCUUGUGGUUUUUUCCUUGUUUGUGCUAACAGAUUUACACCCGGUGUUUGAAGGAGGAAUAUCUUAUAAAGAAUAUAUUAUAUUUGGAUGGGCAACAUCUAUGAUGACAGAAGAACUGAGACAGGCGUUUGUUUUGAAUUCUGCCCUCUUGAAGUAUAUCACAUGGUUCAAGUUUUGGACAAUUUUUGAGAUUUUUGACAUAAUUUUCUUUGUGUUAAUAUUUGCCGUGUUCGUAUUUGGGUUUGGUAUCAUUUACCAUGCAAUCAUGUACCCGAACUCAGAACCAGGAUAUUUACUCUUUAAAGAGAUUAUUUACAUUCCAUACUGGCAGUUAUAUGGAGAACUGUUUUUAGAUACAUUUCAAGGAACGGAAACAGACUGUACAAAAGAUCCGGCACUGUAUAGGAAUGGAACAAUGGCAAGAUGCCCGGAAGUCAGUGAAAUAAAUUAUAUGUUAUUAGCUAUUUAUACGGUUUUGACGCAUAUCAUUCUCGUCAAUUUUCUCAUAGCAAUGUUUUCGCACACAUUUUCAAGGUCUCAAGACAACAAUGAACUGGUUUGGAAGUUUCAUCGAUUUUCGCUUGUCCAAGAGUAUUAUGACAGGUGUCUUUUGGUACCACCGCUGAUAAUACUAAAUCACACGAAGAGAGCUUUCUUUUUUUAUCGUAGAUAAAUGUUGCCAUGUCAGUAACACAAAGCAAGUUAAU